CUGAGAGAUCUCUGACGAGCAAUUGCUGCCAACGGCCAACAAUGACCGCAAACGACAACAACACGUAGCCGUCGACCAAUCCAGCCAUAGCCAGUUCACCUACUUGGCACUUCUAUCUAUCUCUUUCCAACUAUCUCUGGUCCUGAGGAUACCAUUUGGCCAGCCAAAGAAGUCGAUACUUGCAUCCAUCGGUUUUUGUUUGGGACAGAGGCUGCAAUAUAUCCGUUCUAGCUAUCAUAGCCAGUAGAUAGAUAGAAGACUGUUGAGAAUCCUUUCGAUAGGGAUUCGUUUCAUCGCAUUGCCGCGAUCAACCCAAAGCCGCCAAUCGACCCCACUAUCAGUGUUUUGGACGGAAAGACUCAUUGACCAAUCAGUCAGUCAUCCGGCAAUUGUGGACUUUUAAAAGGAAAAUAAUCAAUCUACCCUUCGACAAUCAAACAUCCCGAACGAGAAUCGUAUCUUCCAAGCGACUGCUCUGUUGAUUGGAAGAAACCAGGACCCAAGAUACAUCAUUGCCUCCGACAAUACUUUGAUCUACCCGUUGACUCGACUCUUCUUCUAUUCCAACACCUUCGUCAAGAUAACAAUAAUCAGCUAUCACUGCCAGUUUGGAUUAAAGAAAGCCUUCCCUGAUAUCGAGAAUCAUCAUCCUCCAUCCAGCUACUCUUCCUGAUAUUACACUUUACAUCACAUCCCAAUCUAUCAUUAUCCAUCAUGGGACCGCUACCAUCAGGACCCCGCCGUUGGGUCGCCAAUCUAGACAUGUACAAAAAAGUGCCGGGAGACUUGAUGGAAGGAACGGCUCAAGGCAGUGUCUUCUCCAUCAUGGUGCUGGUUGUCAUUGGGACACUCAUUUAUCUAGAAACCAAAGACUACAUGACCAUUCAGGUGGUAGAAGAAUUGGCAUUGGAUACUCAUCAGUUGCAUCGACAAAAGAGCCUAUUUGGAGGAAACAAAUUCCAAUCGGUGGGAACCUCCACGGCCAUUCCCCAAAAGUUGCAAGUCAAAUUCAACAUUACCAUGAUGGAUUUAAAAUGUGACUUUGCCACUAUUGAUGUCGUGUCCGUCUUGGGGGCACAGCAAAACGUUACCAAAAAUCUUCAAAAGUGGAUGGUAUCGGCGGAAGGCGUGCAAGAACGAUACACACAGGAGAGAAAUCUACGACAACAUGAUCUAGGAGAAGUGCAAUUGCAUGACAAGACUGUCACCAAGACAUUGGAGGAAUUGCACCAGAAUGGAGAAGAUGCCGUCCCACUCACGGAGGAAACCUUGGAGCAGGCACUCAAAGACUCUCCCUUUGUCUUUGUGGACUAUUUUGCCAAUUGGUGUAGUCACUGUCGAUUGUUUGCACCCACGUGGGAACGACUAGCAGAACUCAUGGUGGAUGCCAAAUGGCAUCAUCAUGAACGAGUCAAAGAGGAAAUUGAAAUCAAAAAGGAAGAGGCCAAAAAGGCCAAGCAAGCACAGGAAAUGGCAGACAAAGAAGGAGUCAAUCUGAAUGUAUUGGAAGAAAUCACAUAUACAGAGGAGGAGUACCAAAAGGCACUGGAGGCCGUCCGGUCACCCAUUGUGGUGGGGAAGGUGGAUUGUGUCAAUUUUCACUCCUUGUGUCGCAAACAAAACAUCAUGAGUUACCCUACAAUCCGGCUUUAUGUGAAUGGGGAAAUCUACAAAGACUUCUUUGGAAGUCGGACAGUUGUGAAUCUGCUCCAGUUUGUGGUCAUGGCGGAAGAAAAAGUUCUGGGAAAACGGGACGAUGGUACACUUACACUCAGUGAUCAUGCUUCAGUAGCUUUGGAUGCGCAUAAUGUCACACCAGAGGAAAAAGCCCGGGCCAUGGAAGUAGAAGCCAAACGAGAUAACAUUUGGAAACCAUCAGAGCAUCCAGGAUGUCAGAUUGCUGGAACACUCUACCUCAACAAAGUUCCUGGAAAUUUCUACAUUCAAGCCAGGAGCCCAACUCACUCCCUGGAACCAACUUUGGCCAAUGUGUCUCAUGAAAUUCACUAUCUCUUUUUUACAACCCAACGCCCACCAGGAGUGAAACCACCCAAAACUCUUGGAAAUGGUCUGGAUGAAAGCCAGAGGGCACAAGAUGGAACCAUCAUGGUCCCGCCACCAAAAGACUCCAGUAUGUCCAAUCUGGGACACCCCAUGAAUGGGAAUGCCUAUGUGACACACAAGAUGCACGAGGCACACCAUCAUUACAUCAAGCUGGUUUCUACCAAUCUAUACAACUAUCAAGUUCUCCAAAACAGUCAACUUGUGCACUACAACCUGGAUCAAGUACCAGAAGCCAAAUUCAUUUUGGAUUUGAGCCCCAUUGCAGUCACUUACCAUGCCAGCAAGAGGCAUUGGUAUGAUUUUGUCACCAGUGUGAUGGCCAUUGUGGGAGGUACUUUUACAGUUGUAGGUAUCUUGGAUGCCAUGCUCAGGACUGCUGUUUCCACCACCAAGAAGGUAGUCCAGAGGCGAAGGAGACCCCCUAACACAGCACAGCAACAACAGAACAGAAAUCUUCCGAGACCUCCACCUCAACCCACAAGGGAAGCCUUUCAACACUCCAAGUUUGGUGGGGGUGCCGAUCCAGCCUCUCAACCCAUAGCACUGCAGCGACCAAGCAAUGGAACAGCUCCGGCAGCCACAACGGCACGAAAAACACGGACUCCGCUCCCUCGACCGCCCAAUAGGUAGUGCAGUUGUGGGGCAAUCGGAGAACGCAAUGUCGGGGGCGCAAAAAUAGACUGACUAGUCCGUACGAUGUUGUGUAACCUCGACCACUUUGGUUCGAUUAUUGCACGGCCUGGCCGUGCUACUAGCUAGCUAGGUAUUAAUAAUAAUCCUUGAAGACCUGAUAACCCAGAGGUGGACGUAGACUUCAAAACGUACCUGGACGAAUGGAACGUUAUAAUAAAGGGUGGUUCUCGUACGGUGCUUUGAAUCACUUUUGUGCUAAAACAGUUUGCGCGAAAUCGUGGGAACAGGACUUUGGCCGACUUCGUUGUCAUUGCCCAUGGAGGCAGACAGUAUACGGUGCGCUGCCUGGGUAGCUACAAAAGAUA